AUGCUUUGUGGAACUAGUUCAUCGGCUACGAAGCCUAUAGAAAGGAAAAUUGUUAUCUUGGGUGAUGGUGCUUGUGGUAAGACUUCUUUAUUGAAUGUGUUCACUAGAGGUUAUUUCCCAAAAGUAUACGAACCAACAGUAUUUGAAAAUUACAUUCAUGAUAUUUUCGUGGAUGGGAAGCACAUCACAUUGUCAUUAUGGGAUACUGCAGGCCAAGAAGAAUUUGAUAGAUUAAGAUCAUUAUCAUACUCUGAUACUGACACUAUAAUGCUGUGUUUUAGUGUCGAUUCAAGAGAUUCUUUGGAAAAUGUGCAACACAAAUGGGUUGGUGAGAUAGCUGACAAUUGUGAAGAUGUAAAACUAGUAUUAGUUGCUUUAAAAUGUGAUCUAAGAAAUGAAGAACAUAAUGAUGAUCCGGAUGGAAAUAACAACAGACCAGAAGAGUUAAUUACUUAUGAUGAAGGUUUAGCUUUAGCCAAAAAGAUAGGUGCAUUACGUUAUUUGGAAUGCAGUGCCAAGCAAAAUAAAGGCGUCAACGAAGCAUUUACCGAAGCUACUCGUGUGGUAUUAACCACAGAUUCCAAAAGAAACGACAUUGAGGAAGAGAAAAGUGGUUUCGAUUGUUCUAUUAUGUAA